AUGCUCCCUUCCCCGGAUUGGCCUUCUUCUUCCCCUACAUCCCUCUCAUCUUUUGUUCCUGAGACCCAAACCCUGCUAUUCCUUCCAGUGACCCAAACCCUUCCCUCCCCCUUCUCUUCGGACACCCCCGAUCUUCCUUCACCCUCAUGCACUACCGAUGUGGAGCAAAGGUUAUGGGACCUCGAUCAAUACCCUUUCGACUCUUCGUCUUUGGUCAGUUGCUCUGUGGAUUUGAGUAAUUUAUUUGGUUUGGAACAUGAGGAAGGUCAGGGCAGAAUGAAAGAGAUUAUCACUACUGCCGCAGUCUCAAUGCACAAGAAGAAAAUUAAAAGUGCUCGUUCAAAACUCGAGAUGGAAAGAAAGCGUCUGGGCCCUGUGUCUCCUCCCCCCAUCAGGGCCAAGAAGAUGUAA